AUGGGCUCCCAAGCCAGCUCCCAAGCUAGCACACCGGCCGCAGACGGCCCGAGCGGAAGUGGCGGCGUGUCCGUCGGUCCGUCCUUCCGGCCCGCCGUCCGCCAACUUCCGGCGGCGGGUGGGCGCGCGCCAGGUAACGACCUUCAGCGCCGAGGCUCGGCCGGCGGCGGUGGCGUGUGGAUGGAGGCCUUGGCCCCGGGCCGGGCUCCGCGGGGCCGGCGGCGGGCCGGGGCCGCGGGCUCCACGCUCUCGGCGCUGUCGGUGGCCGCCGUCCUGCUCUCCGCCUUGCUGCGGGCGCCCCCUGCAGUUGGAUAUUUGGCUCGAUUGCCAAGAAGUUUUCGCUUGAUUCAAGAUUCACUGAAAAUAGUGGGAUCAUCACAUUUUCCCGUGAGUGUAUAUGUCAUGCUCCAUCAAAAGAGUCCGCAUGUGCUAUGUGUAACCCAACAGCUGAGAAACACUGAACUGGUAGACCCAUCAUUCCAAUGGCAUGGGCCAAAAGGAAAAAUUGUUUCAGAAAACAGCACUGCACAAGUGACAUCCACAGGAAGCCUCAUAUUUCAGAACUUUGAGGAGACCAUGAGUGGGGUUUAUACGUGUUUCCUGGAGUACAAACCGACUGUGGAAGAAGUUGUUAAAAAUCUUCAACUGAAGUAUGUUAUUUAUGCUUAUCGUGAACCUCAUUUUUAUUACCAGUUCACAGCUCGAUACCACGCAGCUCCCUGCAAUAGUAUCUAUAACAUUUCUUUUGAGAAGAAACUUCUUCAGAUUUUAAGUAAACUGGUUCUUGACCUUUCCUGUGAAGUUUCCUUGCUUAAGUCUGAAUGCCAUCGUAUUAAAAUGCAAAGAGCUGGUUUGCAAAAUGAAUUAUUCUUCACAUUUUCAGUUUCAUCUAUAGACACUGAUAAAGGAACCAAGCCAUGUACAGAGCCAAAUUGUGAUACUUCCAAAAGAUUAUCUAAGGCUAAAAAUCUCAUAGAGAGAUUUUUUAAUCAGCAAGUAGAAGUCCUGGGCAAACGUGUGGAGCCACUGCCUGAAAUAUACUACAUUGAAGGAACCCUUCAAAUGGUGUGGAUUAACCGCUGCUAUCCAGGGUACGGGAUAAAUGACCUGAAACAUCCAAGGUGCCCUGAGUGCUGUGUGAUCUGCAGCCCUGGAUCCUACAAUCCCCGGGAUGGAACUCACUGCCUCCAGUGCAAUAGCAGCAUGGUGUAUGGAGCGAAGGCAUGCGCAUAGGCCAGUGCCUCGUGCGACCCAGUGGUUUAUUAAACACAAAAGUAUAUUUUUUGAAGUGCUAAAUUAUAAUAAAUCACUAUUAUGCUAAAAUUAAAUAAUCAUAAUUUACAAAGACAUGGUGUCCUCAUUCAAUCCAGUACUAUAUGUAUCAUCUUUCUUGGUUAAUUAAUACUAGAGCUGCAUUUGACACCAGAUGACUCGGGUGUCACUGCAUUUUAAAAACUGGUUCAAAUGUUCUGUAUUGGGUGAUGUUGAAGAUUUUUUCAGGAAUUUCAAAAGUAUCCCAUUUUAUCUUUACUAUGUAUCACCUAGAUUCAGGCCAUCAUAUUCUAAGACCUUUAAUCUUAAUAGAACUUUAUUUAUUUGAGCUUGGCCUUUCACAGCUCAGAGCCAGUUUCAAAAAUAUGUUCUGGGUCUCAUCACUGUACUUGUUAGCAUAAGACCUACACCUAUGGAAACUGUGGGUUUUCCUGUGGGUCAGUGUGUUGUCUUAAACUAUCAGUUAUUGACUUUCAAGUCAGACCUGGUAGCACAGGCCUGUAAUCUUAGUACUUGGGAGGCAGAGGUGGGAAGAUUAGGAGUUCAAAGUCCAAGGACAGCCUGGACUACAUGAGAUCCUGUUUCAAAAAGUGUCUUACAUUACCUCCUUGACAUUUUAGAAUGGAGCAACCAUAGAAUUUUCUCAGUAGACUAACGUGGUGUGUCUUCCUUACAGUACUUCCAGGACAAAGAAUUAACAAUCAUCCCAUUUCAUUUACUGUACCAUUCAAAUGAGUACUGUGUGCCAGAAGUCACUGCUGCUUCCACUAAUACCUUCUUUUACAUUGGGAUACCACAUUUGAAUACAAGGAGUUGCCAAUUUGUAACAAUUUAAAUAGAGGAAAAUUCACAAGGAACUUUGGUGUCCUUUUCUGAAGUCCCUAGUGAUCACCUGGUUCACAUUUCCUGCAUCUUCUCUGUGAGACAUUGCCUGCUUUGCUCCUGACAUUUCCUGUCUUAAAACACAAUGAUUGAAGAAUGAAAAGAAUAAACAGUGGAAUUUCAGCACCUUUGAGCAACAGGUUAGCUAACAAGGAGCUAUACUGUUGGCUUGUAGAGACUAAGCCAACUAGAAAAUAUCCUAUUUCAUUUCUCUGUGGAUAAGCACAGCCUCAAAAUUCUCACACAAAUAGCAGAAGGCAAAUGGCCUGUGGUUGUUCUUGGUUAGCCCUCAUAGCAGUUACUUUCUGUCUCUGGGCUUUCAUCAUCAUAAUCUGAUUGCUCCUCUAUAGAAGUAGAGGUAUUUCAGAUGCCUUCUUUCCUAUGGCAGGCAACAUAGUGAGCAUAACAUAGUUGGGGUGAAAUAGUUGCUUUUCUCUAAUUAGCAUAUACAUUCUGUAGCUUCUAAAACGCCAAGUCUCCUUUGCUAAAACUUCCUGAAGCCAUCCCAGUUUCUUAAGUAUAUAUUGGAAUUGAUUGAAUAUGUUCUUUCAGUUGUCAGUCUGGAAAGCAGAGGUAGAGCUGUAAUGGUGGUGGUAAGUCUGGAGAGUCAUGCCAACCUGGAGGCACAGAUGAUCUGGGGUUAGAGUAGACACAAUGGAAGGCUGAUCAGAGUUAAGUUCCUAGUUUAUACAGGCAGACUUUACAACAAAGCCUUACUAAUGUUAUGUCAGAACAAGGUAGAAUUAAGAAGCUAGGUCAAGAGAGCUAUCUUUAGCAAGAGAAGCAGGGGGCAACACUAGCAAGAGAAAGGGAGACAUUAAUGACUACUUUUUCCUGUUUCCCAUAGCGAAAUGAACCAUUUUUAUUGUGUAAUACCACAGUUAUUUGAGUCCAUUGCUUGUUUGUGUUCAACAUUCAGUUAUACUAGCAUAUCCCUAGUUCCAUAGCUCACUUCUUAUGAUACAGUUAGGUUUUUUUAAUACCAAUUAAAGAUCUCUGAAUGAAAAUAUGUCAGGAACUAUAAGAAGAGUUACUUCUGUUAUAAUGCCAGAUAAGAUGUGCAGUGUUGACUGUUGUUGAAAAUGAUGGCACUAUGUGCCCAAAGCUGCAAACUGUCUCUAAAGGGCAGUGUCAUAAAGCAGUUUCUGGUAAUUCUGUUUAUGUUAAGACAAUUUCUUCCUGUAUAAUACCUUUUCAAUUAUAUGAUCAGAUGAUUUUACCAACACCUAAAGAUGUUUUUACCACCAUUCAAGGGGAAGUAAUUAUUCCCAUUUUGUAUUCAAUAUAUUUACAUUAAAUAUGUAAUAUAUGUUUAUUUGGCAGUGUGGAAAUAAAGAUGCUUAAGUUUGUUCAGUAAUCUCAGUUUCUGAAGAUUCUCACAAGUAAAUCAGAGAUAGAUGAAAUACUAUGUCCAGUGGUACUAGGGUCACAGUAUAUACAGUGAUGCAAUUAGCACAAGUGCCCUACAAGAAAGAGUAAUAAGCUAUCCUCCUUCCGUACGACCGACUGUCACCAAGCCAGUAAAUUGACUGUCACAUUUUCAAAUUGAAUGAAUUAACUUAAAUUAACUUUAUAUUUAACUGUAUUGGUUUGCAUUAUUAUUAUUUGUAUUUUGAGUUUUAAACAAAUGCACUAAAAUGUUUAUCUCGUGAUUGUCUCAUGUAAUAGGAUUAUGCGUGAGUUUUUUUUAUGCCUUCUGUUUCCCAAAAUUUCUUCAAUGAUAUGAAUUGCUUUCAUAAUGUUGGAAACAAUAAACUUACUUUGAAAAAC